UCUUUCCCUUUCCUCCCUUUAGCUUUUUCUUCCCUCCCUCCCUUUCUCUCUUUCCUCUCUUCUCAACUCUCCCCUUCUCAAUUCCCUAGCCCUAACGAAACUCAUAUAACGCCUUGACAAGCUCCUCUAAAUUUGGUGGGCUGAUCGUUUUACUCGUCACAUCUAGAUCACUUGCUGGCUAGGACCUCCUCUGGAGGAGGGGCUGAGAGGAGGAGGAGGAGGAGGAGGAGGAGGAGCGACGGAUCUGAGGAGGAGGAAGAUGACUCCGGCUAACGUUGCAGGCCAAUUUGGAGACACCACUUACACCAAGGUCUUUGUUGGGGGGCUUGCUUGGGAGACCCAGAGAGACACCAUGAGGAAAUACUUUGAGCAGUUUGGGGAGAUCCUAGAAGCUGUGGUCAUCACCGAUAAGAACACAGGAAGAUCCAAAGGCUAUGGAUUUGUCACAUUUCGCGAGCCGGAAGCUGCGAUGAGAGCUUGCGUGGAUCCCUCACCGGUGAUCGACGGAAGGAGGGCUAAUUGCAACCUCGCCUCCUUGGGGGUUCACAGAUCUAAACCUCCAACUCUUCUUCAUGGAGGGAGCAGGAACUUUAGGGUUAUGAAAUCUUUUCAGGCAGGCCUUCAAGGUGGGGUGGGAACUGCUUUUCCUUCGCCUGCAGCUGCCACCUUCCCUCAUUAUGCCAUCCAACAAGGGCUUCCUUAUUAUGUCUACGGGUUCUCACCCUAUUCCGCAGAGUACAACUACGCUACGUCUGAUUACCAGAGCUACUACAACAUGUACGGUGGAGCAGCUUCUCAGUAUCCACUCUACGGAGGGGCAGCAAACGGGGUGGUAGCCGGAACCACCGGCUACUACCCAUACUUCCAGUUUGGCCAGGGCGGCGGCGGCGGCGGCGCGGCUGCUUACGCUCAGGGUCAAGGAUAUGGCCUGCAGUACCCUCCGAUGCUCCAGUACUCUGCGGUGACCACCACGGCCGGGGUGACAGGCUUCGCAGCUCAACUCUACGGAGGACCCAUGUCCCUGGCUCCGACCCCCACAGCACAAGCAGUGUCUUUUGCUCUAAAACAGGCAUGACUAUGGCUGUGACAUCUCCAAGCCUGCCGAGUCCAACAGCCCAUCCCUACAGACUCAUUCCUGCUCACUUUGCUGCACCUUCCGCACCGGAGCAACCCUUGGCCUAACCAUGGUUCUUCUUCACUCAUCCUUGUUCUCACUGUGUGUCUGUAAGUUUGUCCAUCAGCUCUAACAUAAGCCUAAGUUGACACCCCAAGGUCUUUUGUAGACCGAGUCAGUCUCGGGAUCGGAGGAGCACUCCGAAUCCAUCAACUGAUGCCGUGGUAACUGUGCAGUUCCUUCUGCUUUAUCCCUGGGAUGGGCUUAAAGCAUCUGCAUGCACCCACAGGUAGGGUGAUGCCUUCAAAUACGAGGAAAGGCGGUACCAAGUUUAAUUUGGCUCCUCAUGAGCCAGGCGCAUCGAUCCAUCAAACUUAAGUGCCCUUCGGAGGGCUCUUAGCUAACACAAAGCUAAGUCUUACUACUCAUGAUCUGGUCUUUCUUUUUCCGUGUCAGCCUGAGUUGGGCUUAAUUAACAUUCUUACUCUGUUGUAGAGGUGCAUUUGGUCAAGUAGUAGGGUAAGGCAUGCCCUGAUCCUUAUCUUAAUUCAAGUCUUCCAUGACCUUGACUGUCUGUGAAGACUGAGAGAAUCUGAUCAACCCUAUAAUGUCAACUUUACCAGUUAAACAUCAUGUAAGAAUUCAGUGUAAUCACAACCAUUCACCUUGCCUGGGGAAAGGCAAGCUGAUUUCACUAACCCCUCUUUAUCUGUUGAGUAGCCUUUGUGUGUACAUUUGUGGCUAGCCUCCAGGGGGAGUUUUAGCCCCAAGCCAGGGAGGUGUAGAGGAGAGCUAGUGUUUGUUUUUGGCAUCUAGCUCUGCUGCCUCCUGUCCCUAACUAAUAGUAUGAGCUCCAUAUAUGGUUAUGGAGUUCUGACCACCCAUAGGAAUUUAAGUUUAGUGUUUACCACCCAAUGGACACCCUGGAGAUAUAUUUUUGGUCUCAUGGGUUCCUCUUCCAUGACACUGCAGCUUCAACACCACCAUGGUUAGGUCCAAGAGCCUCCUCUCUCUCUCUCUCUCUCAUGCAGUUUAAAUUUGGAAAGACUUCUGUUAUUAUUGCUGCUAUUUCGCUUAUGCUGUUUAUGUUCAGAGAGACCAGAGACUUCUAUUUCUAUAUGCUAUGUACUAAGAACUGGAUCUUGUAAUAACUAGCUAGGCAUCAUACUUUAGCAGUAUCUGAUAUCCUUCUACAUUUUGCAUCACCAGACAAUGCACUUCUCUAAUUUUCUUUUCA